AUGGCGAGGACUGCGAAAAUGGAUCGACGUCGUGAAGGGUUCAAGUCGAGGGCCCGCAAGCUGAUGGUAGUGUGCAUGGGUGGCGUUUUCUUGCUCUCUGGCGGGGUGGUUGCGGGAGAUUAUCUGCGCGAAGGAACUCUGCAGCGAAAUUUGCAAGCCCUAUCGCGUGGCGCUACGCAGAGUCCACCAAAUUUUGACGGUCAAGUCGCCACAUGCGUGUUGACUGGCGGGCAACGAUCUGAGACGCAAACACCUACCGCUUUGACGUUGUCGAAAGAAAAUCUGGCAGCUACGCUGCGGUGCACUGGCGCAAAUAACGAGGCAGUCCCCCAAGAGAUGACGGAAGUCUGUUCGGCGACGGUUACGUCCCCGACGGUAGCAACGUGCAAGGGUACGAACAGUGGCGGCACGCGGGUCGCGCUGAACACUCUGCUGGGGUCAAGCCGGGGAAUUGUGUGGCAAAAAACCUCCCCCACUGCCGAACCGGCAACAAACGGCGAGGAGCGGACGUUGCAGCUGCAGGAGACAGACCUUCCACUUAGCGACAAGGCCUUCUUCGUAGGCUGCGACAAGAAAUCUACCGAAGUUCCUGAGCCGUCGCCCACCACAGGUUGCAGAGUUGACGUGAAUGUAAAAGCGAGACCUUCGUCUGUUGCAGACAAUAACGUCGUCAUCUGCGCUUACGGCAAGGACAGCAACCCCGAGCCCCUGCACGUUGAGAUGACAACGGACAAGAACACACUCACUAUUCAGUGUGGUUCCGAGGGAUCACUGAAUCCUGAAUCCUAUGCAACCCGGUACUGCGAUCUCCAGGGAGAGUUGGAAAACUGCGCUUCGAAGUCGUUUCAGGAUAUUCUUACUACAUUUGCGACCAGCUGGUGGUCAAAGGGAGACGACAGUCGAUCCGCCACGCUGACCAUCCCGCAGACGGACUUUCCUGAAUCCGAACAGCAAUUCCGGGUGGGUUGUGUCUACAAAAAUGAGACUUCUGGUGGUCCCAAACCCGCGGCGAAGGGUGCAAAAACGGGAGAAGCACAUGCAGCUGCUACUACGUCGAACUGCAAUGUGAUUGUGACUGUGAGGUCAGGAAGCGCUAAUUCGUCAUCGGGUCAACUGGUAGCUACACUCGCUGGUGCAGCCACGAUGACAGGACUGGUCGUUGGGUCCUUGUAA